CGGUGUUUAUAUAUCAAUACUGCACUGAACACAGUUGCAGCGUGGAGCACAAAUGGUUAAAACGAGCUCCCACAUCUGGACGUAGUUUAGGGCCGAAGGAAGUGAGAGCGAACGCAGAAAUAUUUCUUCUCACAACAACUGUCUUUAAGAAUAGGAUUGUCACAGCCUCAGCGAUGACUCUUCUACUACUUUUUAUUGUUUCCCUUCUGCCAGGUUGUCUCUGCACAGUGAGCACUGUAGGAGAUGUGUCUGUGCUGGAAGGCGGCUCCGUGACUGUCCCUCACUAUAACCCACAGUACAUCAGUCACGUGAAGUACUGGUGUCAGGGCCGGAUGAGAGAGUUCUGCACGAGCCUCGCUCGCACCGAUGACCCGGACUCGGCCCCUACCGGGAAGGGAAGGGUGACGAUCGCGGACGACCCCACCCAGCACGUGUUCACCGUCAGCAUGCGUGAGCUGACGGAGGAGGACUCGGGCUGGUACUGGUGCGGGGUGGAGCUCGGGGGAAUGUGGGUGACUGACAGCACCGCCUCGCUUCAUAUCAGCGUCAUUCAGGGCAUGUCAGUGGUGAGCAGUAUGCUGAGUGCAGAUGAAGGCAGCAGCGUCACUGUGCAGUGUCUCUACAGUAAAAACCUCAGGUCCAGUGAGAAGCGGUGGUGUCGCAGCGGGAACUGGAACUCCUGCGUGGCGACGGACUCCGCAGGAACAUUCAACAGCAGAAAAGUCUUCAUCCGUGAUGACAGGGACAGCACGUUCACGGUGACGAUACAGCAGCUGGAGAUGAGAGACGCUGGCUGGUACUGGUGCGGAGCCGGUCAGCAGCAGGUGGCUGUUCAUGUGUCAGUCACAGCACAAACCACAACACUGAGCACAGCGUCUCCCAUCCAGAUUCUGAAGACAACAGUCAGAAAUCCAUCUGUAAUGAGCUCGAAUGACCCUCACAGUCGUCCUGUUUGGGAGUCUCCUCUUGUAGUGUGCGGGAUCGUGCUUUUGGUCAUGAUGGCGUUUUUGGCAAUUUGGAAAUUACGACACCUGUUUAAGGAAAAGCAGAAACACAGAGGGACGAAUGAAGUGAACGAUAAUCUCACAAUGUGUCCUUGGAGAGAAGGAGACUGUGAACGCCUCGUUGAUUUUCCUGAACACUCCAGCUGUUUCCCAGUGAUGGGAAACAACAAACUCAUGGACAUUCAUGAUGCCGAAGGAGAUUAAAAAAGCAAACUGAUGGACACUUUGAGUCCCACAGGCGGCAGGGGUAAUAUUUGUCAUGUAACAGUUAAAUAGAAGAUCAGCUUUCAUUUGAAUGCAUAUUUUAUGUCAUGUAUUCCUCUGUCUGUAAGCAGAAGCCUUACGAGUGCAGAGUUUAGGACGUUUUUAUUCAUAUCUAACAGUGCAGAAAAUGUGCGAAAGAUGUGUGAAUGUUUACAAAAACAUACAGAAGCACCGAGAAUGUGUCCAUAUCUCACUUCUUACCAUAACAGACACUAUUUAAUCACUUGUCAUGUGUUUUAUCAUCAUUUAAAUAAUAAAAAGCAUCAUCGGUUAUCA